AUGCGGUUUGAAGCCGACGGCAUUGAUGUCCACCACUUUGCCGAGUUGCUCAUUCCCUCUGGCAUCGUGCUGAACGAUCAAAUCAAAUGGAUUUCCUUCCACAGUGGAUACGACUUUGCAUACUUGCUCAAGGUUCUAACGUGCACCGCGCUGCCAACGGAAGAAUCAGACUUUUUCUCCUUGUUGUACUUGUACUUCCCCUGCAUUUAUGACAUCAAGUUCAUGAUGCGAAGCUGCAAGCACUUGAAGGGCGGCCUGCAAGACGUCAGCGACGACCUGGAGGUGGAGCGAUACGGCCCUCAACACCAAGCGGGCAGCGACAGCAUGCUGACCGCGUUCGCCUUCUUCAAGAUGCGACAGCUCUUCUUUGAGGACAACAUUGACGACUCCAAGUUCCAAGGCCACAUUUACGGUCUCGGCACAUCCUACCUCAGCAAGUUGGAAGGGCCAGCAUCAAGCGCCACCACGCCCGCCACCAGCGGAGCCCCAUACUCACCUUCAACCACCCCUGGAGCAGGCAGCAACGGCACCUACGCCGCCAGCAGUGCUCUCGGCACACCACCCAGCAACUACGGCCUCAACGGCGGUGCCAAGCCGUUCAGUAACGCCGUCCCUCAGUCUCCAAGCACGGUCAUGGCCAACAAUGUCGUGAAUGCACGAAAGUACUAA